AUGAAGGUUCUAAACAAGGCCGAUAUGAUUGCGAAGAACCAAAUCACGAAUGACAAGGCGAAGCGCAUGAUUCUUAUGAAGCAGGCCGAGUCGCUGUUCGUUGCCAAAUUGUACUUCACAUUCCAGAGCAAGGAAAACUUGUAUCUAGUUAUGGAGUAUCUAAAUGGUGGCGAUUGUGCCGCUCUUAUCAAGUCUUUGGGCUCGCUGCCCGAAGAAUGGAUGAAUGACUUGGAGCCUGACAACCUUCUCAUCGACCAGCACGGUCACUUGAAGCUCACUGAUUUCGGUUUGAGAAGGAUUGGUCUCCUUGGUCGUCAAACGUGCGAACCCAUGGACAUGGGGAACACAUCCGGUGCCACGACAAGGAAUUUCGCCUUAUCAGAUGACGCAAGCGAAUCCGGUCCCGAAUCUAUAUACAAUCAUCAUUCACGCCAAAGCAGGGCUGGUGAAAGUCGUCUGCAAUUGUUUGCUAUGAAACUGACCACCGACUUGCGCUCAUACUACUUGGGUGGUCACACACCCCCGAGGGAGCAGAAGUUUGUUGAUACACCAGAUUACCUUGCUCCAGAAACCAUUCUUGGCCUUUGUGGAGAUCAUGCUGCAGUGGACUGGUGGGCUCUUGGUUUGCGAAUUUUUAUACGGCAUUCCCAUGCGGAGAUGCCAGAGAUGGUUUUCGAAAAUAUCCUUUCUGGACACAUCGAGUGGCACAAGGACUGGACUCGUCCACUCGUCUUGGGGCUGGUGGCACAGAUGAAAUUAAUGGGGCAUCCCGUCUUUGAAGGCAUAGAGUGGGACAAAGUGACGUCUACAGAGGCGGUAUUCAUUCCUCAAGUUUCUGAUCCUGAAUCGACUGAUUACUUCAAUCCGCGUGGGGCUAUACCUCGGUUAUUCCACGAGGAGGAUAUCGGAACUGUCACUCAGCUCCUGAGAUUGUGUCAGAUUAAGGCCUCAGGGAUGCCCGGCGUAGAUUACUGA